AUGGGCAGUGAAAUGGUGGAGCUGAAACAUCGGGUAUCCGAGCAAAACGACAUGAUCAGGAAGUUGAACGCCACUGUCUACAAGCAAAGCACCAUCAUUCAAGGACAGGAAGAUCUCAUCCGAGGCUUGGAGGUCCAAGUCCAGGAAUCCAAGGAAGAGUUUCAACGCAAGAGCGAUGAGCACGACGCGGAAUUAAAACGGGGACAUCGGGAUCUUCAGAGAGAGGUUGCCGCUGUGAAAGAGCAAUUGGCCCAGCUCACGCAGAACCUGAAUGCUUCGGGAGCGAGCCCGCCGACCAGUCUAUCCAGCGUAGCUGUCCCAAGAAAGCAGCAGACAGCCAGCGAUCCUCUCCACUGUACCAUCGACACAUCUCGCGUCAGCGAGUCGAAGAAGAACAACGCGCAAAUCGGAUCAAUUCGCCAGGCCAUCGAGACUGAGAUGAGAGCGAUGAACGGACAAGAGACCUGGAGAGACGAAGCCGAGCUUCAGAUGGUCAAAGAGGCUGCGCAGAAGACAGCCGUGGAAGGUUCGCGAGUUAUGCGAGACCAGCUGUAUCCGGUCCGAGUCGACAACGCCAACCGCACAGCAAUCCUUGACGCGGAAGGCAACGUUCUGCCUGGAGCGAUCGAGGCCUUGAGUGCCGAAAACAGAGUGACCAUUGGCAAGAUUUCCUGGUUGAGCAAACGAGAGUCUGGCAAAGCGUACGGAUCCAUGGUGGUGUAUGUCACCAAGAAACGCGACGCAGAAAGGCUUCUGGAAGGGUACUAA